UUCAAGGGCCCUUCAAAGAAUGUCUUGGAAUAAGUAUGUUGUUGGUGAAAAUGGUGCAGAGGUGACACCAAGCUCCGAAGAGAAACCAGAAGUUGUCAAAGCAGAGAUGCACUCAGAGACGGAGGUUUCUGGAGGGUACGAGGCAGUAAUGGUGAGUGUGCCAGCUGAAAUGCCACCUGUGGUGCCCGUGACGGGCGAGUCAUUCUGCAAGUGUCCAGCUCAAACUGAACUCAACUCGGACAACCACAUCAAUCCCAACAUCUGCACCUGUGGAGAGGAAGAACAAGGAUGUGAUUGGGUGUGGGAUAAGGAAAGUAAAUCCUACGGAGCGUAUCUGAGCUGCUCUGACCGGAUGGUGAGCUUUCAUUCAGAGUACAGCUGUGGAACGGCCGCCGUCCGGGGCUCUCGUGCGCUCAGUGAUGGACAGCAUUUCUGGGAGAUUAAAAUGACAUCACCCGUCUAUGGAACAGAUAUGAUGGUUGGUAUCGGUACAUCAGAAGUGAAUCUGGAUCAGUUCAGACACAGUUUCUGCGGUAUGCUGGGCACAGAUGAAGACAGCUGGGGUCUGUCAUACACAGGUCAGCUCCACCAUAAGGGGUCAAAAGUGAACUUCUCCUCACGCUUCGGUCAGGGUUCUAUCAUCGGGGUUCACCUGGACAACUGGCAUGGCACACUUAGCUUCUACAAGAACCGCCGAUGCAUUGGUGUUGCAGCCACACAUUUGCAGAACAAGCGUCUUUAUCCGAUGGUGUGUUCAACUGCAGCCAAGAGCAGCAUGAAACUGAUCCGCUCGCACUCAACACACACCACCUUACAGUAUCUGUGCUGCACACAGCUGCGCAACAUGCUGCCCGACUACGCAGACACUCUGCGUAUGCUGCCGUUACCCCCGGGUCUGCGUCUGCUGCUGUUUAACCAGCUGGGAUGGGUGCUGAGCCUGGGCCUCGGUUCUUACCACAGUAAAGAGGAGUUUUACCGUGGUUCUACAUCCUGUCUAGAUGAUGCAUGUCAUCAAGACUCCGCCUCCGUAAUGGAUGUCUGCUGUUACCUUGAUACCUUCACACCCUCUGACCACGCCCUCUGCUGUGGCCCUGCCCUCGUCUCUGACCACACCUCCCUGUGUGACCCAACCCAUCAUCAUGUAUCUGCUGUCUGUCAAUUAUGUGACACUUGUCUGCCUCAUCUCUGUGGAAAUGGCCCCAGUUCUUAUCCAAUCCCUGAGUCAUGCAGUCUCUGCCCCGCCUCCAGUGUUCCAGGACACACCACGCUUUUGCCUGACUCCACUUCUGAUAGCGAAUCAGAACAAUUCUUUUCAGAUUUAGAGGCGUACCAAAGAAAACGCUGUCGCUGGACAUAAAAGAGAAAAUGUUUACAUAAAAACAGAUCAGAGAAUCGGGAAAAUCCUUAUUUACUCAUCCUUGUGAAAUCAAUAUGACUUUCUUCUGCAAAUUUACUCUGGGCUUUUACAUAAUUUAUCUUCGUAAAAGCCCGGAAGAUGUGCAGAUAUAACAAUAUUCAAUCAACACAAAUUUCUCAGUAGUUUGCUUAUUAGUUAAUUUUCAGUGCCAAUGUUUCUUGUCAUGUGACUUUGUCUUAUACGUCGUAAAAAGAAUUGAGGAUAUAUUCAGGUUUAUGUUCGUUUUUUAUUUUUAAAGGUCAUUUUUUGGCCCAUGCCCAUUAAACAAAUGAGGCUGAGGUCACUGCCAUGUCAAAUGAUGAUAUCACUGAAUGCAGCAGAUCAAUACCUGAAGUGUUACUGGAUUAUAUUUUGUACCAGACAUCUUAUUUUCUUUUACGACAGUUUGAGUAUUUCAUGGAUUGAUUCUGUAUUUAUUCACUCAACUU